GUUGUCGGAGUUGCGAUUAAUAUCGAUACCCCAGAUUGACUAACGGGUAGUCCUAACUCUCAUGAUUAUUAAUCGCAACUCCAACAAACUGGUCAGGUCAUGACAAAACCCACGACCCUGCCCUGACACGAUAUACCUUUCUGACCUGGUCAGAAUUUAGCAAUCUGGACCAGUUCAACUUGUGGCAUCUCCGCACACUAUGGGCCAAAUGCUCAUGGAAAGCCCCUCGCAAUGCCGAAUUCAUUACUCAGCGGUCAGAAAUAAGUGCUGGAUGAGAAGUAUGCAUAGCAAGGUCAGAAAGUUGAUCAAGUCAGCCACGAGCACGCAGCUGGACAGGAGGACACAAUGAAUAAUGGCGCUCUCGUACGCGAUGCGCUUUCGUAGGUCGAAAGAGUAUAUAAAGAGGUUGAUUCAGAGCCAAGAGAUUGACUCUAACGGGAUCAUCGAGGCAUAGUCACUUGCGUUCUGAAAAACUGUCAACAUGACAAAUAAACUUGUGCUGAUCACCGGCGCCACUGGCCAUGUCGGUUUCGCAACCCUGAUCACGGCUCUCAAAGCGGGCUACAACCUUCGUGUUUCCGCACGACGCGCAAGUCAGCUCAAAGAACUAGAAUCGCACCCCCUCGUCAAGCCUUUUGCCUCCCAGUUUGAGGGUGUGCUGGUUCCCGACAUUACCGUUCCCGGAGCCUUUGACAGCGCCCUUCAAGGUGUCACUCACGUCUUGCAUAUCGCGAGCCCAAUCCUAAACCCGACCAAUGACCCCGAGAAUGACAUCGUCAAGCCGGCCGUCGAAAGCACAAAGAGCAUCCUGCAAUCAGCCCUGAAAUCCACGACUCUCAAACGCAUCGUCGUCACAUCUACCGUGGUAGCCAUAGUACCAUUCGACAAGCUCAUGAGCGGCAAUCCCGACAAGGUCUACGAUAGCGACUCCCGCGUCCGUCCCCUGCCCACCGGGCCCUGGAGCCAUCCGGGCAAGGCCUACAUCGACUCCAAGGCCCUGGCCCUGGACUACACGGACCGCUUUAUGGCCGACGAGGGCCCGCGCUUCUCGCUCGUCAGCAUCAUGCCCGGCGUAGUCGUGGGGCCCAACCGGCUAUACAAAAACGUCGGAGAGAUGACGGCCGGCGGGGGCAGCAACGGUAUGAUCCUCAACGUCGCGCUUGGAAAAAAGGCCGAGGCUUUCCCCGUCAACGUGGUGGGCUUGUCUGACGUGGCGCGCGUCCACGUCCUCGCCCUUGAUGAGGCGGUCGUCGAGGGCAGCGAUAGCUUUGUCCUGGACUGCCAUCGGCCGUCGUACGACGAGAUCAACGACGUUGUGGCCGGGGCCUUUCCGGAGGCGGUGCGGGAUGGGACGUUUCCGCUCGGGGGCAGCCAGCCCGGCGCUGAUGUCCGUCUGGACACGGAGAAGACGGUCAGGACUUUUGGGCCGCUUGACUCUUAUAAGCAUGAUGUGCUAGACUUGUUUGCUCAGUAUAUUGAGCUGAAGAAGAGGGAUCAGUAGAGUGGAAUGCUGGGUUGCAUGCCAUGGGCAGACGUUGAGAGAACCAGCUACUUGGACAAUUGUUAGUUUAUAUUUGAGAGUGAUUAUCGUUGAUUCAGUAUUUUAGUGUUUCCAAAAACCUCUAUAGAAUCUUGGAAUAGUUGGGUCACAAUGCAAUAAGGCUGCAAAAGCACCUAUCAAGUGUGCUGCCUGACAAAAGGACCGAGGAAUCAAAGAGGCUUGCGAAACUGCAAGCUUAACUCGAUCGAAAACAAAGAGGAGUUGCGGAUAAAUAGUCUCAGGAUCAUGUCAUCCGUGUUCCUGAGCCACGGUACCUGUUCUAUUAAUUUUCCUUCAAUCUUUUUGAUCCCUUUAUUUAUCAUAAAUGGCGAGAUGAGGAUCAAAGCGCGGACGACAUUGGGCCAGGGGGUGGCGAUGAGAGAGGGCAGGGGAAAGCGCAGGAGUAAGAGUGAGGGAGAAGUCGAG